AUGACAGUUAAGCCGGCAAAGCGUCCACCGGCUGCAUUCACGCGAAUUCGGACAACAGCCCAAGAAAUUCCCACAUCGCAACCCGUCGUCCCCACCCCGGAGCCGAUCCCCCCCGCAGCGCUGGGGAGGGCAGAGCGCCCGCUCGCGCGCGGAUGGAGCCGCCACGAGGGACGGCCGCCGCCUCGGUGCACGCCUCCGAGGGUCAGGCCGCAGGAGGAGGAGGAGGAGGAGGAGGAGGAGGAGGAUGGUGAGGAUACUUUUUUCGCCCGCAACCGCAAGCGGGCAGCUGUGCGGCGUCAAGAGUCAAACGCGAGACAAGCCUGCAGCGCGGAGAAGUCACACAACAAUGGCGCCCUCCGCGCGGUGGUCGAGGCUGCGGGUGCGCGGCCUGCUGCCGACCCAAACUGCGCCGCACUCCUUUAA